AUGCUUAACACAUACCCUUCACUUUAUCAUAGCGUUGCAUCUGCUAGUGCACAACCAACCUCUUAUCUAUUACCAUGUCUCCCCCGUCCUUUCUCUUUCCUGACACCCUCACGAGUCUCAAGUAUGCACGAAGAAACAUCCCCGCUGCUAGGCAGCCCUCAACUACGAGCGUCGGGAUGGACACCGUCGUUCUUAACAUACCUCGUCAUUUGCAACUUCCUCCUGGCGGGCUCUGGCGCCUUUAUCAGCCUACCCCUGAUACGACUAAUUGAAGACAACCUCUGUCGGCGAUACAUCCAACAAGGCUCUUCUCUUGACGAAAGUCUCUGCAAGACUGAUCAGAUCCAGUCCGAAUUAGCCUAUCUUAACGGGUCACUCCUCUUAGUAGAGGCCAUUGUCGGUCUGAUUGUUGCAUUUCCAUUCGGAGUCCUGGCUGACAGGAUCGCAGCUUGCGAUGGCCUGGGAGCUUGCCGUCAUUGCUCUACAAGGCACCAUAUCAGUAAAACUGAUCUUGGCCGGUCCCCUGUUCAAUGUGGUUGGCGGUGGAAGUACAGUCCAAGUGGCCAGUUUGUACUCUAUUGCUUCAGACUUGCCAUAAUUCUCCACGACAAAUCUACAAUACCUAACCCAAUCACCAUUAGAGCGGCGGCGUUCUUCUUGAUGGUGUUGGCAAGUUUAGCCGGCGCUUCCGUCGGCCCAGCUAUUUCCUCCAAGCUUAUGGAGAUCUUCUCACCCUGGAUCCCAGCCAUCCUUGGCUUCUUCACUCUACCAAUCGGCCUAAGCGUAUUGAUCUUCAUCCCGGAGUCCUUCCCUCCCUUAAAGCGGGAUGGGUUCCCUGAAAACGACGACCAGCCUGACUCGGAGGAGCAACCACAAUGCAGCAACUCCUUUAAAUCACACCUAGCUCAGUCCCUGCACCUUCUCAAAUCCUCCUUCGCAACGCUGAAGUCCACCUCGAUCAUCGUUGUCCUCGCCACCUUCCUCACACGUAUGCCCGAGCAUCUCGCCACGUCGCAGUUCUUCGCCCAGUAUAUAAGCAAACGCUUCGACUGGCCCCUUGCCAAAACAGGCUACCUCCUCACCAUCCGUGGCAUCAUACACCUGGUGGUCCUGUCUCUAGCCCUUCCUUGGCUAUCGAAGCUGCUCCUGCGAAAGCAGCGCCCGGCGAGUAAGGAUCUCACUCUUGCGCGGUUCUCGGCUGCCCUCGCCGCCGUCGGAGCGCUCGGCAUGGCUGCGUCGCAGAUUAGACUUGUAUUGUCCGGACUGGUGCUGCAGAGCUUGGGGGCUGGUUUGGGCCCCCUGUGCCGCUCAUUGGCUAUCAGCCAUGUGGCACCACAGGACACAUCCAAGUUGAACACGUUAAUAGGGAUCGUGGAAACGAUCAGUAUGCUGUUUGCGGGGCCGGCGCUGGCGUGGCUGUUUGAAAUGGGUAUGAAGCUGGGUGGACUUUCUCUUGGACUGCCCUAUUUUGCUCUGGCGGGGUCGUUUCUUCUUUGCUUGGUGGGGUUGCUUUUUGUUCGUGCCCCUACCGAACAGGAGACUGAUCUUCUGGGAGGAGAUCUGGAAGGGGAUUACUGA